AUGCGUGCAGCCGGAGAGAGUACUUCUCACACCUCAGCAGCAGGUGAUACAUCGCCUGUGGCUGUGAACAGUCUACGUGGUGAGUCACCACGUGCGACAGGUACGUCCGUUGCGUCUGCAGCGGGUACCACGAAUCGUAAACAAGACGAGUCUGAGAUAGAGCUCAUCUAUUCUGGCAAGUCGGAUGAUGUAUACGACUCAAAGGCGACACCUCACGCCUCCGGAUCACCCGGGGCGGACACUGCAAGAGCCAGGUUGACAGGCUCUGGUCAACGUGGCGGCAUCAUGCUCGAGGUCUUCGGAUCGAGUGGUUAUUCCGACGAAUCCUCGCCUCACGCGAGUCCAUCCAACGUUUGGACGCGUGGGAAUGGUGGUGGUGCACCUAUCCAUCACCACGAGCGAAGUAACUCGAGGGAUCGGGGUAUCACUGGUGCCAGUGCUCGUGCUGGCACCAAUCAAGAGGCUUGGGACCGAAAUGUCCUGCGCCACGCUCCCCAAGUAGAGUCUCCGUGGAUGCCGUCAUCCAAAGAGUUAGAUCGAGUGGCCGGCAUGACUAAUGAUCGAGAUCGAAUCCCGUUAUUCAUUGUAGGAAGAUUUGCCCACCUGAUUCCAGCACGGAACUAUUCGUGCUGA